AUGGCAAACUUUGCAAUUCCUCGCAUGUGGCUCAGUGUCACGACUCCUGCUCCUGUGCUUGCCGUACGUCAAGUCGUCGUCCCUAGGGAUGCUUGGCUGGGAAGUAACUGCCCUUUUGCCCCUGACAAAAUAAAGUGGAAGAGUCGUGAUCUGAUCAUUAGCGACGAGUACCUUGCAAAGCCAGAGAAGACCAGUGGCGACUGGCUCGACGACCUUGAGUCUCAGAUCAGCGAUGAGUUCCGCGACCACGAGAGCGAGGACGGCAAGGCGGAUGACUCCGAAGACGAAAGCAUUGAUGCCACCACGUCCGAAUCGACCGUUGUCAAGGACACCUACAACCAAGGAACCGCCUUCAUCGUAAAGAAGAAAUCUACCGAGCGACGCUGA